AUGGAUUUAAUUUUGAAAAGAAAUACACAUCUCUUUCACGGUAAAGCUCUAGAGUAAGAUUAACCAUAAAGCCAACUUAAAAUUUGGCAUUGGAAUAUCAACGGUCUCGGAGCUGGAGUAUUGAAGGGUCAUUUACUAAGAUUUUUAGAGAAUCAUUAGCCAGAUAUAUUAUGUUUAAAUGAAACAAAGACUGACUACCAAUCUAUUUUAGAGAAAGGGAUUCAUGAGAAAUUGCCACUACAUUAUGAGCAAUACUGGAAUUGUUCUAAAGCGAGGAGAGGGUAUUCUGGGACUGGAAUUUUAACAAGAAUUAAACCUCUCAAUGUUAAAUAUGAUAUAGAUGUCCAGCACCAUGAUCAAGAGGGGAGAGUGAUUACAGCAGAAUUUGAUAAAUUUAUUCUAAUUAGUGUCUAUGUCCCUAACUCUGGAGAUGGAUUGAGACGACUAGAUUAUAGAACUCAGGAGUUUGAUAAAGACUUUCAUGAUUAUAUUGACAAAGUUAGAAUCGAAAAUAAAAAGCCCUUGAUACUGAGUGGGGACAUGAAUGUUGCAAGGAAGGAGAUCGAUAUUUAUGAUGCUAAAGGAAAAGAAAAAAGUGCAUGUUAUACUCCUGAGGAAAGAGCAUCAUUUGAAUCAUUGAUUGGAAGAGGCUAUGUUGACGUUUAUAGGCACCUUUACCCUGAUAAAUAAGAGUUUACAUACUUUUCAGCUAGGAUAAGAGGUCAUGAAUUAAACAAAGGUUGGAGAAUUGAUUACUUUAUUGUUCCCUAGAAAGAUGUUGGAAUUGUGAUUGAUACAAGUGUCCAUAAAAGUAUAAUUGGAAGUGAUCAUGUCCCCAUUUAGUUAUAAAUUGAUUUAGAUAAAUUACAAGAAGAAGGGAAAGAAAAUAAGAUAGAGUAAUUGAUUGUAAAUUAGGCUGAUAACAACAAAUAAAUUAAAAAAUCGAUGGAGGCACUUAGUAUUCCUAGUAGAAAGCAGAAAUAGGUAGACACCGAAAAGGUUUCGAAGAUAAAAACCAAGGAAAUGUUAAAAAGCAAAAAGUAAGAGAAAUGA